GCAGGUGGCAGGUGCCGUGAGGAUGCCCAGCAUCUUUGAGUACCAGAGCUCCGAGGUGGACUGGUGCGAGAGCAACUUCCAGCACUCGCCGCUGGUGGCCGAGUUCUACAACACGGUAUGGGGUUUGUCUCUGCAGAAUGACGAGUCCUCCCAACACUGAACCAAAUCAGCUUGGUUAGUGAGGAAAGAGGGAGGUGGAUGGCGGAACUGCUGGAUCCCACCCUCUGUCCUAACUGCUGCAUUCUUGGUGCUCUUAUUUUCAGCAAUGUCUCCUUCCUGGUCUUUGGGCCCCUCAUGAUGUUCCUCAUGCACCCCUAUGCCCAGAAGCGCUCCCGCUGCAUCUAUGGUACCUUGGUCCUCUUCAUGGUCAUCGGCCUGUUCUCCAUGUACUUCCACAUGACGCUCAGCUUCCUGGGCCAGCUGCUGGAUGAGAUCGCCAUUCUGUGGCUACUGGCCAGUAGCUACAGCAUCUGGAUGCCCCGCUGCUACUUCCCCACCUUCCUUGCGGGGAACAGGUCCCAGUUCACCUGCCUGGUCAUCGCCACCACCAUGAUCAGCACCUUCCUGUCCUUCCUGAAGCCCACGGUCAACGCGUACGCCCUCAACAGCAUCGCCAUACACAUUCUGUACAUCGUGUACCGGGAGUACCGGAAGACCAGCAAUAAGGAGCUUCGACACCUGAUCGAGAUGUCUGUGGUUUUGUGGGCCUCUGCCCUGACGAGCUGGAUCAGCGAUCGCUUCUUCUGCAGUUUCUGGCAGCGGAUUCAUUUCUCCUACCUACACAGCAUCUGGCACGUGCUCAUCAGCGUCACCUUCCCUUAUGGCAUGGUCACCAUGGCCUUGGUGGAUGCCAACUACGAGAUGCCAGGCCAAACCCUCAAAGUCCGAUACUGGCCGCAGGACACUUGGCCCGUGGGGCUGCCCUAUGUAGAAGUCCAGGGCGAUGACAAGAGCUGCUGAGGCUGUGGCCACCUGUGGAGUCACCUGGAUCUGAGGGCAGAGGCCUGGAUCUGGCCCAGCCUGAGGGACACUCGUGGUUCCUCUCCUUCCCCUUGCCCAGGCCCCUUGUCCUGCACUUCUCUGUCCCGAGGCAGGGGGUGAACUUCCUGGUGCCCUGAGUAGCAGUCUGCUGACCUGGGGGGAUUGCUGCCUGGCAUCUCUCCCUGCCGUGAUCUGCCCCGGCCUCUUUCACUUCCUCCUCUGUGUCCACAGAUGUCACAUGAUCUGGUGGGGUUGGAUCACCAGAGGCUGGGAUGAUAGGGUCAUGUGGCACCUGCUUGGCAUGACCCCAGGCUGAAGCUUGCUGUCUGACAUAUUGAAUGCAUUGGUGAUUUGGUUCUGCUUUGUGACAACAAUGUCCUGGGUACUUGGGAGCAUCCCAGAGAGCAUACAUGACCUUCAGGUACCCAAUCCAUUUUUUUUUUUUGGUGCUGGGGAUUGAACCCAGGGGUUCUUUACCACUGAGCCACAUCCCCAGCCCAGUUUAUUUUUAACUUUGAGACAGGGUCUCACUGAGUUGCUUAGGGUCUCACUAAGUUGCUGAGGCUGGCAUUGAACUUGCCAUCCUCCUGCCUCAGCCUCCCCCAAGUGGCUGGGAUUUGAUGGGUACACCACUGUGCCCAACCCAGACACCCAAUCCUACACCCACAGGCACAUGCAGAGAUCUCACAGACCCCAUCCCCCCCACAUGCCCUUGAACUGAUGGGGAGCAAGUCAUGAGUGGCUAACAGCUGAGGGAUACGGAGGCCCACAUGACAAUCUGAGUGCUGGGGAGCAUGGGACAUGAGAGAGGAGCUGGGCAGCUCAUGGAGCCAUGGUGGGGUGGUGCUCGGAGGAUGCUUUUCAUGGUGGUUAAGAGCCUAGGGCCUUGGGCUGGGGCUGGGGCUCAGUGGUAGAGCACUGGCCUAGCAUGUGUGAGGCACUGGGUUUGAUUCUCAGCACUGCAUAUAAA